UAAAUUUGUGCAAGAGUGUAGAUCACAAGGUGAGUCUCUAUUUAAAAUUUAAAGAUAGGCCAGUGUUCACAACUAUAUAGGAGAUAUCCAAGCAAUGAGCACACAAGAAUAUGAUCGAGAGAAAGAACUCAAGGCAUUUGAUGAUUCGAAAGCUGGUGUCAAGGGGAUUGUAGAUGCUGGUGCCACAAAAAUCCCUCGAAUUUUUGUGCAUGAACAAGCUCGCUAUCAUCAAAAAUCAGGCUCCAAAGACUGUAAGUUUACUCUCCCAAACAUCGACUUCAAAGGCAUUGACAAUGAUGCAACUUUACGUCGUGAAGUGAUUGAGAAAGUUAAAGAUGCUUGUCUCAACUGGGGCUUUUUCCAAGUUAUCAAUCACAAUAUACCGGUAACUGUGAUGGAUGAAAUGAUAGAGGGGGUUCGUAAGUUUCAUGAGCAAGAUACCGAGCUGAAGAAGCCAUUCUACUCGCGUGAUUUCACUAGAAAGUUUUUGUAUUAUAGCAACUUUGAUCUGUAUAAAGGACCUGCUGCCAAUUGGGGAGAUACCAUUUUCUGUAUUAUGUCUCCAGAGUGCCCUGAAACCGAAGAAAUGCCAGCAGUUUGCAGAGAUGUUAUGUUUACUUAUUCAAAGUACAUAAUGGAGAUGGGGAUUAGUGUGUUGGAACUGAUCUCUGAGGCUCUUGGACUUGCUCCCAAUUACUUGAAAGAUAUAGCCUGUGCUGAAGGGCUUUUCCAAAUUGGUCACUACUAUCCUUCGUGCCCUGAACCCGAACUUACUCUAGCUACUGGCAACCAUUCUGAUAGUGGUUUCAUUACCAUACUUUUGCAAAAUCAUAUUGGCGGCCUCCAAGUCAUGCAUAAGAGCCAGUGGAUCGAUGUUACUCCUGUUCGUGGAGCUUUAGUCGUCAACAUUGGUGACUUCUUGCAACUCAUAACCAACGACAAAUUCAAGAGUGUAAAUCACAGAGUUUUGGCACAGAAAAUUGGUCCAAGGAUAUCAGUGGCAAGUUUCUUUAGAACACACUUUCGAGAGGAAAUUGCAUCGAGGUCAUAUGGCCCAAUUAAGGAGUUGCUGUCAGAAACAAACCCGUGUUGCUAUAGGGAGACUACUGUUAAGGAGUUCAUCACACACUAUUACAACAAAGGCCUCGAUGGAACCUCUGCACUUUUGCCUUUUAAGCUUGGCUAUAAGCCUAUAACUAGAAGAACAUAAUAUAUGUGCAAGAAUGUAGUCUAUACAUGAAAUUUCGUGGCACGGAGCAUUGUUGAGUAAAAGAAAUGUUUGUAAUUCUCAGUUGCAUCUGCUUG